AUGUUCCAAUGCCGCAUGUGCUCGGAGAAUCCCUUCAAUGCCAUGUUUGGCGGCGACAACAAGCCUAAGGAGAAGGAGAAGAAGAAGGUCGCAAAGGAUAAGCGCAGACUGUCGAGCCGAAACGAAGCCAACUUUCAGUGCCGGAGCGAUGACCAGGUGGCCUUCGCUAUCCAGGAGUGGCGGAGGCACGCUCACCCGCGCGCGAAUGACUUCUUCGGAAGCCAGCACCAGCUGGAUGACGUUCUGACCCAGCUGGCAAAGGGCAUCGACAAGCACGAUGACCCCAUUCUAGGAUCCGACGAAAAGUGCGUCUACUGGUACGGCGACGUAACCAAGGAGGAUUUGCAAGCUGCAAUUCGAAUGGUGAAACCAGGGGAGACAGCCGAGUCGGUCACCUAUGUGAACCGUGUGCUGGCCUUCAUUUUUGCCACCGACGAGAGCUUUGAUCAGCUGAUGAAGCUGCCGAAGGAGCCCUUCAAGAUGAGUUGCGGCGAUCAGCUUUGCGUGCAUUUGGCACACAUCUCGCUGGCGACCGAGUCGUACUGCGUGAGGGCCAAAUCUGGCCACCAGAGCAAGAUGCCAGCGCCAGCAGCGCCCGGGUUCGAUUACGAUGCGGAGUUGCGGGCUGCGGGGCUGGAGGCUGCACAUGCACGUGCUCCGGUGCCUGGGCGGAUGCGUGAAGCUGGAGGCCCCGGGAAAGGGAAGCGAGCGUCGAUUCUGUUGCCCCGCGUGCGCCCUGAGGUGCUGCGGGAGCCUCGUGAGGAAGACGUCACGCGUUCUACCUUGGGCACUUUCGGGGUGGGUAUCCCAAAGUUGGCUGGAAUCGGGUGCCAGGGGGGCGUGGGCUUUGCAGAGAGGUGCCCGCGAGGCCAGAAUCUAUGUCGCGAGAUGACGGAGAGCGGAUGUGGCCGUCGGGAAGGCGACACGGACCAGGAGCCGGCAGAAGACGUGAUCCGUGAGGGCCGCGCCAUGUGCGAUGGCUGCAAUCGCCCGGCGAGCGCCUGCAUUUGCGCCAGCCUGCCGAGCGCGCCUUUGCCACUGCCGGAGGGCCUGGACAGCAUCCUGCUUUUGCGCCAUCCAAAGGAGCGGCGUCAGAAGCACCAGAGUGCUUGGAUCCUGGAGCGGUGUUUGAGCGGUGUGCGGCAGUAUGCCUGCCGCAGGCUGCCUGUAGAGCCGGUGGCGGGCCUGGAGCACAUCUGGCAGCAGCCUGCCAGCUGUCUCCUUGUCUUCCCGGGGCCCAACGCCCGGCCGCUGCAGGAAGUCUUGGAUUCCAAGGUACGGCACCUCAUCUUUAUGGACGCCACCUGGCGCUACGCGCGGGAGAUGGCUGCUAGCAGGGAUGAGGACCCGCUGGGGGCCAUCCGACAAGUGGAGCUGACGCCGCCCCCGAACACGCGGCCCGUCUUCGUGGUGCGGAAGCCCUUGCGCCUGGCGGAGGAGGCGGAGGAGGAGCGCUGGGGGUACAGCACUGCAGAAGCGGCUGCCCUUGCAGUGGAUGAGGUGUCCAGCCUGCGCGGCGGGGAGCGGAAGGCCUGGGACGUGGUGGCCACGGCCCUGCGCGCCUAUGCCCAGAUCCAGCUGGAGCGCACGGUGGCGCCGCGCAUGCGCACGGAGCGGCCCGGGUUUAUCCCGGAGCUCUACGAGGCUGCGCAGAGGUCCCCGAGCCGCUGGGAGCAGAGUUCAGGUUAG